GGGGCCGCCGGCCGGGCCCGCUCGUCCAGCUGGCGUCAGGCCGCGUCUCCGGAGCUCCUCGCGGUCUUCCGCGGCGGCGCUGCAAGUUUGACAUUUCGGCGGCGGAGGCGCGCGCCGGCACUCGCGGGCCCACGGCUGUGGUGGCGGCCGACCCUAGCGGGCCCCUCGAUCGCGCCCCGGCGCUCCUGCCCAGGAUCGGGCGACCACGAGGCCCGGCCGCGUCCUCCCGCGCUCGCCUGCCCGGCUGCUGCAGCCAUGUCGAAGGGGCCAGAGGAGGUGAACCGGCUCACCGAGAGCACCUACCGGAAUGUUAUGGAACAGUUCAAUCCGGGGCUACGAAAUUUAAUAAACCUAGGAAAAAAUUAUGAAAAAGCUGUCAAUGCUAUGAUCCUGGCGGGAAAAGCCUACUACGACGGAGUGGCCAAGAUCGGUGAGAUUGCCACCGGGUCCCCCGUGUCCACUGAGCUGGGCCGCGUGCUCAUUGAGAUUUCAAGUACCCACAAGAAACUCGAUGAGAAUUUUAAAGAAAAUUUCAAAACAUUCCAUAAAGAGAUUAUACAUGAGCUGGAGAAGAAGACAGAGCUUGAUAUAAAAUACAUGAACGCCACUCUCAAAAGAUACCAAACAGAACACAGGAGUAAAUUAGAUUCUUUGGAGAAAUCUCAAGCCGAGUUGAAGAAGAUCAGAAGGAAAAGUCAAGGAGGACGAAAUGCACUCAAAUAUGAGCACAAAGAAAUUGAGUAUGUAGAAACCGUUACUUCUCGCCAGAGUGAAAUCCAGAAAUUUAUUGCAGAUGGUUGCAAAGAAGCUCUACUUGAAGAAAAAAGGCGCUUCUGCUUUCUGGUUGACAAGCACUGUAGCUUUGCGAGUCACGUGCAUUAUUAUCACCUACAGUCUGCAGAAUUACUUCAUUCCAAGCUGCCUCGGUGGCAGGAGACCUGUGGGGAUGCCACCAAAGUACCAGCAGAAAUCAUCAACAUGAUAGAAGAAAUAAAGACCCCCAUCUCUACCCCAAUAUCCGGGACACCUCAGCCUUCACCAAUGAUCCAGAGAAGCAACAUGGUGCCCCCAGCUCCCUCCGCCAGAGCGAAUACCAGCCCUUUGAUUGAUAUGUUUAAUAACCCAGCAACAGUUGCACUGAAUUCAGAUUCUUCAGAUGACCCCAGUUUACAGCGAUCGGUUUCUGUUGCGACUGGACUGAACAUGAUGAAAAAGCAGAAAGUGAAAACCAUCUUUCCACAUACCGCUGGCACCAACCAGACCUUACUUAGCUUCGCACAGGGAGACGUCAUCACGCUGCUGGUCUCCGAGGAGAAAGACGGCUGGCUUUACGGGGAGCAUGACACCACCAAGGCGAGGGGCUGGUUCCCAUCUUCCUACACCAAGUUGCUGGAAGAAAAUGCAAAGGAGACGGUGAAUGUGCCCUCACCAAGCCCAGCGCCAGUGAGAAGCGUGAGCACGGUGGACUUGUCUGAGAAGCGCAGUGCCGCUGUCCCCAUCCCCCCACCGGACUACUUGGAAUGUUUGGCCACAGGAGCUGCUGCAGACGAGAGAGCAGCUGUUCCCAAACCUACUUCCACCUUUAAAGCACCGUCGUCCAAACCGGAAACCACAUCUCCUAAUAAUACAAAUGGGACUGCCAAGCUUCCUUUCCUCGGUGGAGAAAACCCCUUUGCUACUGUGAAACUCCGACCGACAGUGACAAAUGACCGAUCGGCACCAAUCAUUCAGUGAACAGGUGGCCAAGGAGUCCUGGACCUUGUACUGUUAGUUCUCACUUGCAGAAGACGCUGUACGUUGGUGUGCGCUGUACCUGCCUCACCAGAAGGCGCCUGGCUUUAAAUGUCUUCUACUUGAGCAAAUCAAUGCGUUCUCUAAGAUAAAUUAGUGUAGUGGCCAACUCAAUCAUUUAAAAUGUCUUCUUCCUGUUCUGUUAAAAAAAAGAGUAAAUUUGGUUCCAAUCCUUACUGUA